UGAACGUUCGCAUAAAAAGGGAAAGAAAAAGGAUAACAUUGAGAGCUUGGGCCGCCUGUGGAUUCUUCAGCAUCACAGCUGAGGCACAAUGCGCUAUUGUAAUAUAAUAUAGUUUUCUGUCACGUUUGUCACGCGAGACUCACUGUUGCCUCGCACAACGUGAUACGUAUUGUGUAGGAUUUGAACUUAGCGAGCAUGGCUUGCUGUCAAGCUUGUAGAAGCUGUUGUGACGGCGCUCAGUCUCACAAAAAGGAUUCCGUAUGGACUUGGAUCGUUUGUGUUGCCGCUGCCACAAAUCUGGCUUUCACUGUUGGAUUAAUCUACAGCUUUGGAGUGCUGUUACCAGUGUUGAUGGACUACUUCAAAGAAAACAGGGAAAGGACAGCUUGGGUUGGUUCUUUAUCCAUUGCAGUUUGUCAAGGAUGUGGUCCAUUCGUUGGUUCUCUGGUAAAUCGCUUUGGCUGUCAAAAAGUUUCUAUUGCUGGUUGUGUGACAUGCGCAAUCAGUUUAACAGUAGCCUCCUUCGCUAACGACUUGGCAAUUCUGUACGUGUGUUACGCUGUCUUCGGCGGUGGCGCAAGCUGCGUUUUUCUGUCAAGCUUAGAAAUUGUCAGAAAGUGUUUUGACCAAUGGAGAUCAAUUGCGCUCGGAAUCACCUCGGCUGGUCAGGGCCUGGGUACAAUGGUUCUCAGUCAAAUCCUACAAUCUCUUGUCAGUUCUCUCAGCUGGAGGAAUUCUUUGAGAGUUGUUGCAGGUUGUUUGGCUAUAACCAGCUUCUUUGGUCUCUUGUAUGAUUCAAAGAUAGACACUGCAAGCAUCAGUGAGAUGCAUACAAGUGAAGAGGCUGAGCAGAGACGAACGUCCAAACGUUUUACGUUCCAUUGUUCGGUAUGGAGGGUUCCUGGUUUUCCUGUACUGACAGUCCUCUUUAGUUUUGUAAUGUUUGGGCGCGCAACUGUUUUCGUACAUUUGGUUAAAUACUGUGAAGAUCGUGGUAUGUCUUUUGACGCAUCAUCAAGGCUCCUGCUUUUCAUGGGAAUACAAAUUGUUGUUGGACGUUUUGCAUGCGGGUUUCUCUGUUCCUACAAGCGGCUGGACAACUGGUAUAUUAAUCGAAGCUUGUUGCUGGUAAACGGUACAUCGACGAUUCUUCUUACCUUGGCUCAAAAUUACGACGCGUUCAUUGCAUACGCCGUGUUAUUUGGUUUUUGUGAUGGAGCUUGGGCUACAGUUAAUAACAUUCAAUCGCUUACGUGUGUGGAUCAAUCUGAAUAGCUUUAACCGGGAAAUUUUGUUCAACUAGUUUCACUUCUACGUUCGGGGGCUUAAGCAUUUCCAGCACAAGCAUUUUACGAGCAAUUUUGGCAGU